AUGUCUGAAUCUCAGCGCGAAAGGCAGCCACUGCUGUCCUCGCAAUCCCAGGACAGGGUUGCAGUGUGGCCAAUCAUACAUAUGAUCAGAGGCGAUGUCAUACAUUACAUUGACACGCCAUUGAGCUUCGAAGCAGGUGAGUUAGCCGCUGUGGCGCGCCCGGUGUAUCUCACCAGUGGAAAUCAGUUGACAGCCCCUGACUUGACUUAUACGCUCGUGCGUCCCCUUGAGGAAAAAUACAACGCUAUACAACAGGCAGGCAACAAAUCCGUGGUGUUCUGCUUUCUUCUCAACAGGACUUACUUCAUCCGAGAUCAAAACGUUGCUACUGGACCCCUUUCUUGCACUCGUGCGGACCUCUGCGAACUACUUGCUAUUCGAUUGUUGCGUGACAACGGAAAUUCUAUUCUUGAUCUUGCCAUCGCCCUUACAACACUGCCAAGGGAAGAACGAGAUGGAGACCUUGAGGAGCGUAUAGGCAAUGCCCUGGAAAUGGCCAUCAUCAGCAGAGCGAGGCGCUUCAUCAAGGUUCCUCCUUGCCAAAAAGUAAUAGAUGAAAUUUGGAUGUAUGUCGCCACCACCAAUACACUUUCUGCUCUAACAGCAACCUUCAGCGGAAGAUGCGUAUACCAGGCCGAGAGCAGCCACUCCAUUCUGUCAGACCGCUACAAGCGUACUCCUAUCCAUUUCUAUGAUCCCCACAAGGCCCCGCUCUUAGAUCAUUAUCGCCUUAAAGUGCCUGCUAUUCGUUCCGUCUUGGAUUAUAUAAAUUUCCUUAUCCUUUUCAUACUCUUCGUUGUCGCUAUUGAGACGAAUGUGCCGCAUCGGAUCAAUGCUCCGGAGCUCGCCUUCAUGGUAUGUGGACUCGGAUUUACCCUCGAGAAGCUCGCUGCGAUGCAAGAGCAUGGUAUCAAAGUGUAUUCCAAGGGCACUUGGAAUGGCUUCGAUAUAGCCUUUGUCACGACAUACUCGAUCUAUGCAUUCUUCCGAAUAUAUGGCGUCGCGUACCAUAAGCAUUGGGCACGAGGUCUAGGUACUGAUUUCCUCGCUGUGAUCGCAUGUUUACUAUUCCCUCGACUCGCUUUCGUCACUCUUCAGAACAACCUCAUGGUUCUGUCCCUUCGUGCCAUGAUGAUGCAAUUUGUGGCCCUCAUGUUGAUCGCCGCAUUUUGCUUCUGUGGAUUCCUCUAUGCCUUAUGGACCUUGAGUCGUAAGGGAGCAGGCUACUCUGCAGGUACUAUCGCAUGGUGGAUGCUCGACCUCUGGUUUGGCCUGGACGCGAGCGGUUUUGACAGAGCAUUUGAGUUCGAUGUUGUGUUCGGUCCUAUCCUCAUGAUCACGUAUGCUUGCCUGAGUAACACACUCCUACUGACUGUGCUUGUUUCUAUAUUGUCCAACACCUUUGCAAGGAUCAAUGAAGAUGCAGCGGCCGAGGCUAUGUUCAGGAGAGCGGUGUCGGUACUUGAGGGUGUCAAAGCAGAUUCCUUGUUCUCGUAUCAGCCGCCGAUUAACAUUUUCGCGCUAUGUAUUCUGUUUCCAGCAAGUUACGUUUUGUCGGCCAGAUGGUUCCACAAGGUAAACGUGUUCUUGAUAAGGGUGACGAACUUUCCGAUCCUACUUUCGAUCGCUUGGUACGAAAGACAACGGAAGUUAUCUAACUCACACGGGUUUUAUGAUACCGUAUCAGCGGCCACAGAAGCGCUGUACGAUAAGCUUCCCCGUCCAUUGAAACGGUUGUCUCUCUUUGAAGGACUGGCUGGUGCUGACGCAGACAUCGAUAUCAUUUUCGAGGUUGUGGAGGAUUCUGAGGAGGCAGUAGACACUGAAAACUACGCGGAUCGGCCACUUUCUCAGGCUGCUCUUCAGCGUCGAAUAUCGCGCAAAUCGGACAGUCGUCCAUCUAGAAGUCCCCUGCGACCUUCACAUUCACGGAAAGAACGCACAGAAAGUCGUCGUACGUCUUCGCCGUCUACCAACCAAGCCUCGGUGCCUCCAAGGCCAAACGACCCCGCUCGACAUGCUUCAACUCCGAUGGCAUUGCGUCGGAGACUGAAUUCCAUGUUCAAUAGGACCGAUACCUUGCAGAGUCCCCUGGCCCAGGUCUUCCAGCCCGUUGUUGUCGAUGACGAGAUACCGGAGGAACUUCCUUCUGACAAAGGAACAUCGCUGCAGCCACCUUCUGGUAAUGGCCACAUAGUUAGCUAUGGACCAGCCAGCCGACGCCGCCUGACAUCGAUGCACCUCGCUUCCAAGCGAGGGUCCGAUUCAACUGCGCAGGCGUCAGGUACUUCACGGAGGCCAGCAUUUCCAGCAAUUGAUACUCGGCCUGAGAUUCUGGUGACAGCGCCCCUCUCUGCAUCUCCAGACCGACAACCUGAGACUGCGGAGGAGGUGGAAGAGAGUAUGGGGAGCAGUGGCGGGUUAAUAGAAUUGUCCCAAAAGAUCAGAGAUAUGGAGGACAGGCAGAAGCGCAUCGAAAAUAUACUUAUCCAACUCUCAGAGAGGCUGCAGAACUAA